AUGGGGAGAAGAGCAAAGAAUAAGCAAGGGUUACCACCUACAUACGACGAGUUUCAAGCACUGAAGGAGAAGAAGGAGCAAAAGAAGAGGAAAGUUCAGGAUGAUGGUGAUGCCACAACACCUUUUAGUAAGAAAUCAAAAUCGAGCUCAAAGGAAAGGACAGUUGAAUCAUCCAAGAAAUCAAGCAAGCCUCAAAAGAAAUCAAAGCGCGCAAAUACAAAUGAAGAAUCAGCUGAAGAGGAUUCCAAUUUACCAGAAGUUGAUUUGGAGGAAUUGGCGUCUGCAAGAAAGUCUUUAUUCGAUGAGUCCGACGAGGAACAAGAAGAAGACUUCAAUGAAGAAGAGCUCAAUGAUGAAUUUGAGGAUGCUGAUUUGGAAAAUUUGGAAUCAGACGAGGAAGAUCGAGUGAAACACAUGUUCUCUGAUGACGAUGACGAUGAACAAGAUUUAGAGGAUUUGAAUGCUGAGAAUAUGGAAGCAUACUCCAAGCAGCUUGACGAUGAGGAUGAGCUUGAAGCUGAGGAAGCAGAAAAGGAAUUACUCGAAGAUGGAACGAUUCAACCACGUGCUAGGGUCUUGCCAACUGAGGCUGAAGAAGAAGAAAUGUCGCAGGGACCUCAGGAUGUCACCAUGGUAAGAACAAGAAUGCUUGAAAUCGUAAAAGUUUUGGAUAACUUCAAGGCAUUAGCAGAGGAAGGCAAAUCAAGAGCUGAUUACAUUUCGAGAUUAAUAAAAGAUAUUUGUGAAUAUUUUGGAUAUUCUGAAUUUUUAGCUGACAAGUUGUUUAACUUGUUUUCACCAUCAGAAGCCAUUGAAUUUUUCGAAGCUAAUGAAACUGCAAGACCAAUAACAAUAAGGACAAAUACCCUUAAAACCAGAAGAAGAGAUUUGGCCCAAAGUUUAGUAAAUCGUGGUGUCAAUUUGCAACCUAUUGGUUCAUGGACUAAAGUCGGAUUGCAAAUUUUCGAUUCGCAGGUGCCGAUUGGUGCCACCCCAGAAUACUUGGCUGGACAGUAUAUUCUUCAAGCUGCAUCUUCUUUUUUACCAGUUAUUGCGUUGGAUCCACAAGAAAACGAACGUAUAUUGGAUAUGGCAGCAGCACCGGGAGGUAAAACGACUUAUAUAUCAGCUUUAAUGAAAAACACUGGGUGUGUGUUUGCCAAUGACGCAAACAAGGCAAGAACCAAAUCAUUAAUUGCUAACAUACAUCGUUUAGGAUGUAAAAAUACCAUUGUUUGUAACUACGAUGCUAGAGAAUUUCCAAGGGUGAUUGGUGGUUUUGAUAGGAUACUAUUGGACGCACCUUGUUCCGGUACAGGAGUUAUUGCGAAAGAUGAAAGUGUCAAGGUCAGUAGAACCGAAAAGGAUUUCAUGCAAAUUCCUCAUUUACAAAAGCAAUUGUUAUUGUCUGCUAUUGACUCUGUGGAUGCCAAUUCAUCAACUGGUGGCGUCAUUGUUUAUUCCACUUGUUCUGUCGCAGUAGAGGAAAACGAGGCAGUUGUUGAUUAUGCAUUGAGAAAGAGACCAAAUGUUAAAUUGGUUGAAACUGGUUUGGCUAUCGGUAAAGAGGGAUUCACUUCUUAUCGUGGUAAGCAUUUCAACCCAAAGUUGAGCUUGACUAGAAGGUAUUAUCCACAUAUUUACAAUGUUGACGGGUUUUACGUAGCCAAGUUCAAAAAGAUCGCAUCAUCUCCUCACGAUGUCUCAAAGGCAGGUGCAAAAGAGAAAGAAAAUGCAGCAAGAGCUGAAGCGGAAGAAGAAGGUAUUAUCCACGAAGAUUUCGCUAACUUUGACAAUGAAGAAGAUGAAGUAAUAAUCGAAAAAUCAAAGAAGCACAAUUUGAGAAAAAAGGGUAUCAACCCAAGUGCUAAAAAGGUGUAG